GCAGUGGAGGGGCAGGACCUCCUGCUGGUGCUGCACUGGCUGCUGGGGCAGGUCCACCAGCCCCUACACUGCAGACCAGGCUCCCAAUGUUGACUUUGGCCGGGGCCUUUGCAAACAAGCUUGGCCAGAAAGGUCCAUCAUUUACACCAGCUGCCUUAAGGAGGGGAUCGAUCUUAUCCUGUCACCGUCACCUCAUUGCCAUGCAGCAUAAGGGCUGAGUGGAUGCAGGCGAGCUCCAAGACAGAGGCCAUGCUGUGGGCAAAGGCUGGGCGAGCACUGCCGGGACUGCUGCUAGUUGCCAGGUAAGUGAGGGCCUCACCCCAGUGCAGCCUUAGCUUCCUCAGAAGGGCUGAGGACCCUAGCGGCAGCUGGGCCAUAUCCAAAAUCCUACAGCCCCCCCACACUGAGCAGCAAGUGCCCACGGAAACAGGCAUGUGCCGUACAGAGGCACACAUCCCCAACACCCAGGGGCAGGGAUGUCGGGCGUGCUCCCACGAGCACGACUGAGACAUGCACUGAUCUUCACACGGUCAGCAUUCAGCUGUUGAUACAACUGUGGAAACCCACUGACACCCCAGCUAGUGGUCAGCUUCCAGCCUCAGCUCCACCUCUCAGCCCGAUUUAACAUGGUUGAUGGUGUCCUGGCACUGGCCAGGUCUCCCUCCCACCCCAUCACUCAUCUCUCCUGGCCGACCCCUCCUCCGCCCAACCCCUCACUGUCGGAGCACCCAGUCCUCAGGCUGCAGGCCCCCUUCUCUCUUCUCUCCCUGCCCCCUGGAUGAUCUCACCCACUCCCGGGGUGUUGGAUCCAUCUUGAGUGUCAAGGACUCGCAAACACUUUUCCAACUCGGACUCCUUGGGGCUCCGCCGGCCCGUCAGACACCCCACCUGGACAUCUCAAUCUAUCUCAAAUGCAACUCAGAUUGCCCAAAACCUGCUCCCCAGCGAGGCUUUCCUUAGGUGUCUGGGCCCAACACCGGGUCGCUGUCCCGUGCAGGAAGUCCCACUGACGCUCCCUCCUCUCACCUCCUCCACAGCCCGUCCGGUCCGAGCCCUCUGCCACUGCUGGCCGGGAUGGCUGCCAGCCUGCUCACAGCUCUGCUUCCCCUCUCACCCUGCAUGGCCCACCCCACACCAAGCCCCUGAGGGGUCUCUCCAAAGGAUGUCACUGAACCAUGACACUCUCUUCAUUAAAACUCCAGGCGCUCCCCCCCCCCCACCGUGACACUCACAACAUCUAACCUCCUCCAUGGGGGUCCGCCACCUCUUCCUGUCCCCACCCCCCAUCACCCCCUCAUGCCUCUCUGCCCUGGGACAGGGCUCUGGCCCUCCUUCCUGCCCAGCACGGGGCCCCGCCCAGAUCCUGGCACAGCUGCCUCUCACCUCGGCCGGCCCGCAGAGCCGCCCAGGUGCUCUCCAUCACGGAUUUCCCUAUUCCCUCAUCCUGACCGCUCAGCAGCUGCCAAGAUUCUCUCCUUCCUGUGCUGUCUGUCCACCUCAGUGUCAGCUCCGUUAGGGCAAAGAUUUGCGUCUGUUCUGCUCACUGCUGAACCCUCAUUACUAGGAAGUGCCAGUCAGUCAGACAGACACGGCCAUCCCCACAAAAAGGCUCAAGUGGAUACCACACGAGAUACACAGACAUGAGCAGAAAUCAUGCCACAUGCUCACCCAACAGACCAAACAGCCACAAAGACACCCAGGAGUCUCUUCUCCAUCCCUGGGGGAGCCAGUCCUAGUCCUUCCCCAUCUAGAUCUGCCCUCUGCUUGAACCCUGACUCCGGACUUGGAGCGGGGGUCUCUAGCCUGGGCAAAGAGGGGGGUCACUGGCCCACAGGCCUCAGGCAGCGCCUUCAGCUAUGUCUGCAAUUUCCUCUCCCCCCCUUCCUUCCCUCCUCCUCCCUGAGGCUCCCGCCAAGAAAGCCUCCCCCUCACCCCAGCCCCAGCACAGGAAGGGGGGCCCACCAGGCGGGGCUGGGAUCUGCGCAGGAAGACCCGGGCCCACACACUGAUCACAGGACUCAUCACACACACAAGCUCCCUGAGCCCAUGUAGAAGUGCAUGUGCACAGGCAAGUUGAGCCGGAAGGGAAAGGCAUUUUUGCCAUGCACUCUGGUGCAGGGCACAGAGGCCCCCGGAGGCCCCAGGCUGGGUUCUGCAAGGCUGGCCUGGGCCUGGCUUGAAGCCUUAGUCCAACAUUCAUGAACCCUGCUGACCAGCGCUCCACCAGCUGGACGCACUCAUGCCUGGGCCCUGGGAGGAGAGGAUGACAGUCCCUUCCCUUGGAUCCUGGGUUGAGGGUCUGGCUGAGCACUGACAUCUGGGCCAAGGAAAAGCAGGCAGUCUUCCCUGAGUGAGGAAACCUUCCAGGGGGGAGAGCACGGUAUAGGGACCGGGUUAAGGGCUCAGCCAGGCUCUAGGCUCCGAGAGCAGCGGGUUCCAAUCCUGACCGUUUGGUCAAGUUUUUCAAUCUCUCCAUGACUCAGUUUAUUUAUCCGCCAAGUGGGAUAAUGACACCGAAUUAUAGGAUUAUGAAAAAGGAUUAAAUAAAAGAAUAUUGUAAAGGGUUUAGCCCAUCGACUGGCACAGAGGCAGAAGUCCAUCCUCAUCAUUAUUAUUAUUGUUAUUAGUAGCCUGGGGGCGGGUCCCUGGAACCCGCCUCCCCUGCGGUUUCCUGUGGGGGGGAUAAGACGCCCCAGCAGGCCUCGUUCCCCCUCCUCUCCCUGUCCUCUGCCGGCCCUUUCCCUCCCCGCCUCUCCCGCCCCGCCCCGUCCCUCCUCUUUCCUCGGAGGAAACUUUCCGCCGGCUGGUCCAUCAGCCCGUGUCCGGUCCGCACUGCCGCGGCCUGGGAGCUGAACCGAGCGGGCGGGGUGGCCGGGCCCGGGUGUGUGCGACCGCCGGAGGCGCUGGGACUGGUCCGUGGAGAAACGGGGCACUGACGGUCGACAGGCGAGUUGCCCCCCCAGAGCAGCAUGGAUGCCCCCAGAAGAGACAUGGAGUUGCUCAGCAACAGCCUGGCGGCCUACGCACACAUCCGCGCUAACCCCGAGAGCUUUGGUCUCUACUUCGUGCUGGGUGUCUGCUUUGGCCUGCUGCUGACCCUGUGCCUGGUAGUCAUCAGCAUCUCCUGCGCGCCCCGCCCACGGCCCCGGGUCCCCGCACUGCGCAGGGACCGCCACAGCACCCUGGAGGCGGAAGACGAAGACGAGGACGAGGACGAGGAGGACACAGUGACGCGACUGGGCCAAGAUGACACGCUUCCUGGUCCAGAGCUGUCUGCGGAGCCCGACGGGCCCUUGAGCGUUAAUGUCUUCACCUCAGCGGAGGAGCUGGAGCGGGCGCAGCGCCUGGAGGAACGUGAACGGAUUUUGCGGGAGAUCUGGCGCACCGGGCAGCCGGACCUGCUGGGCACCGGCACGCUGGGACCCAGCCCCACGGCCACGGGCACCCUGGGCCGCAUGCACUAUUACUAACUGGGCCUCAUCUCCACUGCAAAGCUCUCUAGGUACUGGAUGUGCAUCUGAGCUCAUAGCUACUGCGGUGCUAAGUGGGCCCCGCCCCCACAGCUCCCAAGGUGCUACUGGGCGCGCAUCCCCACACUCUGGGAGGCGCCCUUCCUCGGUCCUGCCAGAAGAUCCCGGGGGGGAGGGCAGGACACAGGGUCCCCAUCCCCGCUUCAGGGCACGGUUAAGAGGUGAAGUGACCAAUGAAAGCUGCAUUUUUAGUGA